AUGAAAGCAGCAUUCCCUGUUCAUGAUGGGCGCUACCAGCCACGACUCAAGACGAGUUUGUACAUCUCUUCUGUCCAAUCGGUGGAGAUGAGGACCUGCAUCUUCCACAGAACCUGGCCCGCCGUGUGUAUCCGCAUAAAGCGUGGGCAACGAACGGCAAUAUGGGGUGGGGUAGGGUGCGUGUGUCCGGCUCAACCCAACCGCCUGCCCUCUGGACCAACCACCAGCAUGAACCUUUUGCUAUUAAUCCCGGGUGGUAGGACGGUGUCCAGCGAGUACUCACCGUCCAGGAACGUGAGUGAGCCUGUGAGGGCAAAGAACACGGGGGUCAAAGUCGAGCAAAGAAUGGAGUUGACGUUGAAACAAGCUAAGCGGCUUUGGCCAACCACGGGUCGCAGAGGAGGCUCCACGGACUGA